GUUUUCAGAUGCAUAUCUCCUUGAAACUUUUAGGUGCUGCCUUGACCGAAGUUUUCAUUGGACUAAUUAUUAUUUAUGUCGGAAAAUUAGAAGACAAAAACGUGAAAAGUGAAGAAGAGGUUACGAAGAGUAGUGUAUCAGUUCAAACUUCCGGUCCUUGUCAAAAGAAAAUUCGAAGCAAAGAGCGGGUAUAUUCGAAGGUUCUUGACCUGUUUUCAAAUAAAACAUCUAUACUGAAGAGGAGAAGGCGGGCGUUAUUAAGGAAAGGAAAGUUAAAGAAAAAUUAUUUAGAAAAAGAGUACAGCGGUAAAAAGAAGCUUCUGUCGGGAGUUUGUCAUCGCCUGGUCAACAUCGGAAUCCAUGUUGAUCACCUCACCCGGCGCAUGCGCGAGAAGGGACUCCUACUGGAGAACCGCCGCCUGCAGAACAAACAAGUGGUGGAGCGAUACGAGGAACUGAAUCAACAGCUUAACUCUUGCCUCAACAGAGUGCUGAAUGACUAGGGACAGAGUGAGGAAGUUCCUUCAGAAAUCCCCACAAUGUGAUGGCGUUCAAAUCAAUUAAGCAGUUUUAAAAGCUUUAAAACUUUCAUGGAAUGAUUGCAAAAUUCUUCAUGACUUUUUUCUUAAAUUGAAAUUUUUGGUGUUAAAUAUAAUUAUGAAUUUCCUUGUAUUUUUUUCUUUUCAAAAAAUGCCAUCAUCAGUGUAUUUAUGACAAAUAUUUGUGAUUUUUUUCUCAGAUAUGGACAGGAACUUCCUUCUCAAUCCUAUAAUUCUCAGAUUUCUGAAGAAAGCUCAAUUAUGCAUAAUUGAUAAGUUAAAUUAAGAUUCGACUUGAUAAGAAUGGGAAUUAUAGUUGUGGCAAUGUUCAACAUUUUAAUUAUAGAGAGUGCAAGACCUCAAGCAGGUAAUAGUUUAUUAAGGUAGGAUUCUUCU